UAUAAAAUGGAAGUAAUUAACAGUUUACAGUAUGUAGCUUUUUACGGUGAUGUCUUGACUAAUGAGAAAAAGUAUUUUGAAAUGCCAUCAUCACAUUAUUUUGGAUUCCUCUUCACACUGCAUAUGUAAUGCAACCGUGCGUUGCACACUUCCUUCAUUGUAGAAUAAUUUCUUCUUUCCGUACUCUGCAGCGACUCAGUGUUCCAUUGGUGUGCGUUGCUGGUAUCAUCUCACCCCCUUGAGAGCUUCAUGGGAAAAUCCGCAGAGGGGAAGGACCUGCGGGGAUCUCGAGAACUGAGGAGCUUUCGGUGGGAGAGGAUGCAACUGACUUUGUCCCGUGUUUCGCGAUUCGGACUUCAUCUGCUGUCGACUCGAGCUUCUUAUCAGCAGUUUGACCUCAUCGGGCAGGAAUGAGCCGCCACAGCCUCUUGCCGUUGGAUGCUGAAGGUCGGAGGUGAAGAUGCUGAGCUCACUGGCUGCCAGGCCGUAACUAUGGUAGUUGAGGUGAGGCCUCCUCCCAUUUUGUCACCAUGCUGGAAAACCCCGCCAUCUCUGCCCCUUACAUCGUGGUGGAGCUGCUGAUUGCCAUCUUCUCCGUGUUGGGCAACGUGCUGGUCUGCUGGGCCGUGUUCCUCAACAGCAACCUCCAAAGCAACACCAACUUCUUUGUGGUGUCGCUGGCUGUGGCCGACAUCGCCGUGGGCGUCCUGGCCAUUCCCUUCGCCAUCGUCAUCAGCAUCGGCUUCUGCUCCAACUUCUACGGGUGCCUCUUCAUCGCUUGCUUCUUGCUCAUUCUCACCCAGAGCUCCAUCUUCAGCCUGCUGGCCAUCGCUAUGGACCGCUACAUCGCAAUCAAGCUACCACUCAGGUAUAACAGUCUGGUGACAGGUCAGCGGGCGCAGUGCAUCAUUGCCAUCUGCUGGGUUCUCUCCAUCAUCAUUGGCCUCACCCCCAUGAUGGGCUGGCACAAGUUCUCUGAGAAGAAUACCAACGAGUGCCCACCGGGUCUGAUGACGUGCCUCUUCGAAGAGGUGGUGGUUAUGGAUUACAUGGUGUACUUCAACUUUUUUGCCUGUGUCAUGAUUCCCCUGCUGCUGAUGCUGGCCAUCUACCUGUGCAUCUUCAUGGCAGCUCGUCACCAGCUCAAGCUCAUUGAGGUCAAGGCGGUUCACGGGGAAAAGUCUCGCUCCACUCUCCAAAAAGAGGUCCAAGCUGCCAAGUCUCUUGCCAUCAUAGUGGGACUGUUUGCUGUCUGCUGGCUGCCAUUACACAUCAUGAACUGCUUCACUCUGUUCUGCCCCAAGUGUCAGCGUCCUCCGCUCUUGAUCUUGUACGUGGCCAUUAUCCUGUCGCACGGCAAUUCGGUAGUCAACCCCUUCAUCUACGCCUACCGCAUCCGAGAGUUUCGGCAAACCUUCCGGAAAAUCAUCCGUCGCCACAUCUUGGGCCGGCAAGAGCUGCCGGAGAAAAAAGGUAGUAGGCGCAACUCGCUUCACAGAAGCUUCACAGACUCCAACAGGCUCAAGGCAAACGGCCUCAGCUUUGACCUUUGCACCCAGCAGGGCAGCAGCAACUCCGAAAACUCCGCUCAUGUCUCCCCCGUAGCGGGCGGUCUCUUGGCGGUAUCCCAAACGCCUCUGUCACUUGUGGUCCUGAAUGGUCCCAAAAUGCAUCCCAUCAGACAGACUGAAGUACCCAUCUGUCAUCAUCGGCGGUUUUUGGCGGCAGCAGAGGCUGGGGAGGAAUAUAAACUGCAGAAGCAGAGCGCCGCCCAGGUGGAACAGAACAGGGAAAGCACCCCGAGUGAGCUGACUAAAGCAUCUUGACACACGCAAGCAUUCAGUCAUCAACACAACACUGGUCAAUUGGGUUUUGAAAUACUGAGCCAGCCUGAGGAAACAUGCUGCCGAUCUCUCUAAAGCAGUGAUUUCCAAAUAAUGUGCCCCAAAAACAUCAUCGGCAUCUUCGGCCCUGGGAAAUGAUCCAAUUUGGUCUGAAAAUUAUUGACUAUCAAUCGUGGAUCUUUGUUCAACUAUCCAUGCCAGUGACACAUAGUGGCAGGCAGAACAACUAAAUGCUCUUCCACUUUGUGCCAGAAGGUACAUGCAGUCAUUAGCCACUGUAUCCCAUUUUUGUAACAUUUUUUAUUUGGUGGUGUACAGUGAGAUUAUUUUUUUUUCUAACGUAAAAUACGUAAAAUGUUGUGUUAGCUCAAUAAAGGUCAGGAAGAACUGCUCUAAACCAAAGGUCAAACUAAAACCCUGGGGGCCAGAUCCAGCCCGGAUGUCCACUUCCAUUUACUUCAAUUUCUUUAUUAUUGCAGAUAUUACAAGCAUUGUUUUUGGACGCGUAUUUCUGGACUUUGUGUUUGUAGCAUGCUCUGGUUAACAGAGUAUAUACGAUUUGGUUUUAGCCUCUGGAAAAUGUAUUCGCCUAACAAAAGAUUUUCAAACCUCAAUCAAUUUUGUUCAUUUCAGUUGCUUGGGAAAUUAUACUAUAAUUGAAAAGAAAUUGAUAUGCCCUUGGAGAUGACGUACUAAACACUGUAAUGUGAAAUGAUGGCAUCUAAUCUUGGGAAAGGAUCAUUUGCAGAAUUUGGCACACUUCUUAUUUGGUGAGUGUUUUGAUUCAAAUGUAUCCGCAAUGUUUUCAAGUUCAGACUUUCUGAGUUGGGCAUCACAAAUCAUUUGAACCCGCUUGUAAAUGAUUUCAUCUCAUCCGUGGGCAAGUGACCGUCUUAAGAGUUAUAUUAUGCUCUCAAGACUUAAAUUGGCCUUAGAUGGAAUCUAUCAAGUGCUCGCUUGAACUGUUUAUUCAAUUGACGUUAUUUUUAUACUGUACUUCCGUUAAAUAAAAGGUCACAAUUU